AUGGACAAGGUCGUUAGUUUGUUCAUCCAUAUCAUGCCCUGCGCAACGCUCCAUUGCGUUGUUCAUCUGCUCUCACCCGAGUACCAGCGACAAGCCUAUCCCGCAGUUUGGGCCAUUCGAAACGCCGACCCAGACUCGCCGCAUCGCUACGGACUUGCCCAGAUGAUGCUAUGGGCAACCCUACCUUACGCAGUCUGGCAAAUGAGCUAUCACUUCGGCAUAACAGUGCGCCGUAGAGAGGCUAUCGCGGCCGGCCGUCCAACAUCGUUUACCUGGCUACGUAAAUCCUACGCGAAGAACUUCCUCGGCCGCUUCGUGCUUUCACAGCCCGCGUACCUCCAGGAACCAGCGUUCAUGAUGAUCCAGUACUGCUACGCCGUCCUCACCAUGGUGCCAUGCCCGCUCUGGUUCUGGUCUCGCUGGGCUUCCGGCCUCUUCCUUAUCGUGGUGUUUAUCUGGAGUACCUACAACGGAGCAAACUACUACAUCGAAGUCUACUCUAAACGGUUCCAGAAGGAGCUUGAGCAACUGAAAAAGGAUGUCUCGAAGUGGCAGAACUCUCCACUCACGCCUAUGCCGCAAAUGAAUGCAGAGCAGAUGAAAGAGUUCCCGCUCCUUGAUGGCGGCGCGAAUGCGUCGGGUACGAAGAUCCUAGGGGACGAAGUAGAGGCGAGAGAGAGGAAGCCGGCGUCUCUUAGUGUUCCUGAUAUUUCUUCUUCUUGA